AUGGAACAACCUUCAUCAACAAAUCCUGCCUUUGAAGAGGCCAAAAAGGUCCUUGCUCCGUAUAUUAGAACUCGCCAGGAGGUAGCUCAUAUUAGGCGUGUACUGGCCCUCCAUCUCAAGUCCCAAGUGGAUGAUAAAGGACAUGGCAAGCUGCUUGCCCCUAUUUCGCUGGCCUGCGAACCAGCAAACAAACUCCCAACUACGUCCGGCGCUCAUGGGUUGCGGAAAGAAUAUUUGAGGGCACUAAAAGCAAACGUCAAAGCCCGCCAAGAAUUCGCCAGACUAACCACUGAAUCACAAAUCACCAAGAAGAAGGAAGUGGAAGAGAUAUCUCCUGGUCCCUAUUUAGCCCUGGAAAAGCAAAAGCAAAAUCUCGAGCGCUUGCACAUUCUUCAAAAAUACGUUGAUAGCUUAGCAAUCAAAACCCCUGCUUUUGCAUCGUUCCUCGAACAGCCUGCCGCUAGUAUUGAAGCGCUUCCACAGCUUCCAGCAGAAGCUAUCGAAUCAGCAGCCCGCAGUGGCUCGGAAUCUUCUUCAGUCAAUCUAGAUGACCUGAUCCAAGACUUAGAGAGAGAUGUCCUUCGCGCCAAAUUGCUUCUCAAAUCCGAGAAAGAUCUGCUUGCAAAUAUCCAGGCCGAGCAACAGAAGCAGCUGCGGCGAAAAAGCUCAUUAAAAGCUGUGGAGCCCGAUCAGACUUUAAAGGCGUUGGAGAAGACUAGAAAUGAGUUGAUUAGUUGGGUGGAAGAAGAAUUAGGCAAGGCUGGGGACUCAGACGCUCAGCCCGAGAACCCCUCCAAACCGCGCGAUUCAGAAGUGCCUAUCGAGCAAGCCGUCACUGAAGUCAGAGAAAAAUAUGAACGUUAUCUUAGGGAAAGAAAGGCACUUCUAGAAGCCCUCGCAAGGCCAACUAUCCCAGACAUCGCGCCAAAAACGGAAGACAAGGACAUUCCACAAGAGCCUCAGAACACCAGUGAAGUGGGUGAGAUGGCUGGAUUCAUCACCCCAUAUCUGUCCGAGCUACUCGCAAUCUCUCGCGGACAGAAAUCCCUCAGCCAGCAGCGCUCCCAUCUUACUACCACCCUAGCCAAGCAAAACAAGGAGACGAUCCAAGUCUUUGAUCGCCUAGCGGAAGAGAGCCACCUCCUGCCUAAAUACCAAUUACCUCAGAAACGCAGUCGCAAAGGCACCGGGACCUUUGCCGAGGAAGUUAACAUGGCUGUUAAAGAGAGCCCUGACGUUAGCCAUAGAGCUGAGGAAUGGACAUAUGCCGCCCAGGCGUCGAGUAUAGAUACAAUGGAAGCUGUGUGCGUGAACGUUGAUGAAGGGAAAACAGCUUUAGAGGAAGCGAAGAAAGCUCUGGAUAGGUUGGACCAGAUGCUGGGGUAUAGCGCCCGGAAGACUGGGAAGGGAGACAGCAGUGGUGGAGAUAUAUGGCUGCAGGAGGCGGAAAGUAGAGGGGCUAAGGACGAGAAUACGACUAUAUGGAGCAUCCUGGAUGGGCAACUUGGCGUCCUCUAA